AUGACAAGCACAACACCCACCUCGACGACGACGGAUGAGAAAUUACGAGUUUUCAUUCGUUUCAGACCACACGUUCUCGCAAUCGAUCCACCUACAGCCAACAAAGAUGAUGCCACAAAGUGUUGUGCUGCCUUUCACAAGUCAGGAAAGAAGCUCCUGUUGAAGUAUGGUGUUGAUCAACCCAAAGAAUUUCAAUUCGAUCGGGUUUUUAACAUGAACACAGCUCAGGGCGAAGUCUUUGAAGAAGCAGCCCGCCCGAUGAUCUCUACCUUCAUGUCUGGUCGAAAUGUUACCUUCUUGUCAUGGGGUGCACCACCCAAGUCAGGUAAAACUUUCACAAUAUUGGGCUCCGAAGCUGUGAAUGCUGGCUCAGUGAUCGAUUGGCAAGAGGAAAAGGACACUGAUGGUAUUCUGCCGAGAUUUGUUCGUGGAAUUUUCGAUGCUAUUGUGGAGAGUCCAGAAACACUUUCAUUCACAAUUAAAGUGAGUGUUUAUGAAGUAUGGAGUGGAAGUGGUAUCAUUUGUGAUUUGUUGAAUGAUAGUCAUGUUCAACAACAACACUCCGAAGAUUUCACUGGUCUCGAAUGUCUAUUGCAGGAGGAUACACAAGAAAUUGAAAUUAACGGACUCAUUGAACAAUUCGUGGAGGCUGAUGACGAGUUAUUAGACAUUUUGGCUUCAUCAAUUCAAAAACGAAAAAUUGAAAAAGUUAAAAAAGAUACAAAAUUUGCUUCCAACCUGUUUGUUGAAUUAACCGUGACACAAAAGGACAAUGAAAAGCAAAAAACCAUCUGUAGCAAAUUGACUUGUAUCGAUCUUGAAUCUCCCUUAAUUGAUAUUUCAGAAGAAGAGGCCGAAGAACUCGAAAAUGGACAUGCGACAUUUUCCGAUUUGUGCAACUUGAUGAAUGAUCCCAAAUCUCAAGAGGAUGACUCCCAGUUCUAUUCCUCGAGCUUAUCAGCUAUUCUAUAUUCUCGCUCUUUGCACAACUGUAUUGCUACCACCUUUAUAAAUUGCUCACCCGCCAUUCCUCAUGCAGCUCAAUUCACUCUGGGAGUUUUGGAAUUUGCGGACACAGCUUUGAAAAACCUUGUGGUACGAGGAGUGAAAACAGAGAACCUUUUACCAUUUGUGCCGGAUGACGCUGUUGUUGCAGGUACUGAUGGAGAUGUUGCUGUUUCAUCCAUCACAACGGAAAAAUUAAGUUUUCAUCCAGGUUUAGCUCCUGUUUCUGAUCUCACAAAGACCAUUGACUCUACUGCAGAACAAUUAAUUACUUCCGUUGCUACGGAUCUCAAAAAACUUCAAGACACAGAAAAGGAGUACUACCAACAAAAGCAACAAAUUAAGAAUUUGCAACAAAACUUGGAAGAAACAAACUCUCAAUAUAGAGCAUUACAAGAGGUCAAUUCCACACUGAAGGAUCAGAUCGAUCAGUUACAACUUCAACUUAGCAAGGUGAAAUCUUCUGAACAAGAACUCAAACAAAAAACAGCCGAGGAUGAAGAAAAGAUCAAGGAGCAAUUAGAAAAGCUUGAAAGUACCAGCAAAGCUCUCUCCGAAAAGCUGAGAGAAAUUGAAACCUUGACAGAACAGCAGAAAAAACUCGAGUCCGCUCAUGAAAAUUAUAAGACCACUAUUUCAAGCAAGUUGUUGUUACUGAGAAAGCAAAUCAAACGUGCCAAGACUGAAGUGAGAGAAAAAUUAACAGUAGAUGUGAAACAAUUUUGUGCAAACGCUCAAACUUCACUUUUUGAAACCAUGGGUCCUUCCAUGUUAGAAACCAUUAACACACAACUCAGUCUUAUCAAGAUUGAAAAUGAAAAGAAUAUUACUUUGCUGAACAAACAGCUCGAGGAAUCAAAGAAAGAAGUUUCCAAACUGAAGGAUGAAAUGAACAAGACCUUGGAAGAAAGAAAUGCUCUCAAACAAGAAAUUGACAAACAAAAACAAACAAUGAACGAAUUGUCACAAAGGAUUGCCGCUUUGGAGAAGCAAGAACAAGAAGCAAGUUCAAAGAUUUCCACUUAUCAAAAAGAAAAUGCUGAAUAUGAAAAAUCAAUUGAACAAAACAAAUUAGAAAUCUCUUACUUGAAAGAAAGUGUGAAACAAGAAAAGGCAAGUAGAGAAAAUACUUUCAAUGAGUUGGAAGUAGAGAAGAAACAAAAGUUAGAGCUCGAAAAGGAGGUAUCACAACUCAAAUCGAAUAUCGAGUCCUUAAAAUCGACCAUUUCAUCCAAGGAAGAAGAGCUUAAAACAUUGAUCAAGAGUGUUGACAGUGAAAAAGAGAAAUCUUCCAAAUUAGAUAGCUCUCUUUCACAAAAAGAACAAGAACUGACCAAUUUGAAAAAUGAAAAAUCCACUCUGGAAACCAAGCUCAAGGAACUCGAAAACCAAUUGCGUACCGAGAAAGAAAAGGCUGCAGACCUUGAAAAGAAAUUAUCAGCCACUCAAACUACCCUCUCUCAACAUAGAAAAACCAUUGAGGAUAAAUCAAAAGAGAUUCAAACUUUAAAUAACAAGAUUUCUGAGAACACUCUUCAAAUUGAGAAUUUACAAAAACAGAAUUCUGAUCUGAAAAAGGAAAUUGAAGAAAUCAAUUCACAACUUGGCCAGAAGAGAGAAGAAGUGAGCAAACUGAGAGAUCGUGCUGAAAAAGCUGAAAAGCAAAAUGAAAUUCUCAACAAUGACAAGGUAAAAUCUGAAAAUACCAUUGCUGAGAUCAGGUCCAGUCUUCAAGAGGCAGCCAAAAAAGAACUCGAGACCAAACAAAACAUGACCUCACUUCAGGAGCAAUUGAGUAAUUUACAAAAUAAGCUGAAAUCAAAAGAGGAAGAGGCUAAUCUACUUCAACAACAACUAGAUCAAUUGCAAGAAAAAUCAGUGGAGUCAUCAUCUGUAUUAGCUUCUCAAAAUUCAUCCAAUCUUCAAAGAAUCAAAGAACUAUCUUCUGAGAUUACUCAACUGCAAGAUGAAAAAUUGAAACAAAAGAAUCAAUUGCAAACAGAGAUUGAUUCACUUACACAAUCUGUUGAAAAGUUGAAUAAGGAAAAGGAAGCUCUUUCUGUGGAAAUUUCAAGCUUACGCUCUGAAUUGGAGAAGGAAUCUGCUGAAUUGGUAGAGUGGAAGAAAAAACACGAAAACGCCUUGUUGAAUUUAGAAAACGCUGAAAAAGCCAAAGACAAACUUGAAAGACAUUUCGAAUCUGAAAAAUCAACUCUCCAAAAACAACAUGCACAACAAGUUCAACAAUUACAAGAAGAGUACUCUCGAAAUAUUGAAGAUGAAAAGACAUCUUCCCAAAACAAGGUUGAAAAAUUGACUAAUGAACUGCAAGAAGUUGAAAAGAAGCUGAAAGAUUCUAAAAUCGAGUUGGAUCGUAUUACUACCGACUAUGAAAACAAACUCUCAUCUCUCCGUGAUGCCAAUCAAAAACUUGAGAAAGAGCUCUCCGAAAAAAGUACUGCCGUUCUUUCCAACAUGUCCAGUGUUGAGAGUAUCAAUCAGGAAAAUCAAGAUCUGUUGAAGAAGGUAGAAGCACUGCAAAAUGAUCUCAAGGAAAAGGAUUCACAGUAUCAACAACUUGUCAAAGAUCAUGAACGUGUGAAGAAAGAACUUGAAGAUGAGAAAAAUAAUUUGACCAGCCUGAAAUCAAAAUAUGAAGAAACUAAGAACGAUCUUAACCGAGCACGUUCUGAGUGUGAAGAUCAAAAAUCCAUUAUGGAGCUUUUAAAAUCUGCUCAAAAGACAGAAAUUGAAUCUCUUACAACUCGAUUGACAACUAAACAUGACAGUGAGAUCAAUCAACUCAAAGAAAGUCUCUCUGAGGAACAAAAUCAAGUCAAAAAUCUCAAAUCUUUGGUUGAAGAGAAAAAUUCAGAAGUGGAGAGAACGAGAACAGAAUUGGUUGAAUCACGAUCUAAGGUGGAUAAUUUGGAAAUAUCUCUAAAAGAAGAAAAGCAAAAAUCCAUUCUUUUGAUUCAACAAACAAAGAGUGAACUUGAAAUGGAGAAGAAUAAGGCAGUUGAGGAAGAACGUAAAUUAGUCACAGCUCGAUAUGAAAAUGAAAUAGUUGAAAAAAUUAAAGAAGUUACUGAAAAACAUUCUGUGGCUUUGAAAGAGCACGAGAGGAAACUACGAGAUGCUGAAAAUGAUCAUUUACAAGCCAUUGAUGAUUUGAAAGUCAAACAUCAAAGUGAAUUGGAAAAAGUACAACAAAAGCACAAACAAGAGCGACUUGAAUUACAAAAGGAAAUUAUGGAAUUGACUGACAAAUCCGAACAGAAAGAUAACACAAUUUCAGAUUUGGAAAAUCAAAUCUCUAACAUUCACUCACAAUAUGAAGACAAGAAAGCAGAGCUUGAAGGUGAACUCGAUACUAAAAUUGAUAUCAUCAAGAACCUAGAGAAGGAACUUGCUCAACUUAAGAAAAAGUGUGAAAAAUUGGAAGAAGAAAACAAGUCCAAAAAUCAAGCAGCAAAAGACAAGAUUUCUGAACUCAAUUCCACCAUUACCGAUCUCAAUAAUACGAUCACCUCUCUUAACGAAAAGAAUGACAUGUUAUUGAAACAAUUAUCACAACAGGCUGAACAAAUCCAACAACAAGAACAAGAACUCCUUUCUGCCAAACACAAACAAGAAGGAUUGCAAGCAGAGCUUAAGCAAGCAGAAGCUAAACAAGAAAGGUUAAAGGCGCAACAACAAGAGAAGCAACAUGAAAAGCCACAACCAACACCACCAACACCAGUCGUUCAAGAUGAUCAAUCUCAGCCAUCCUCUUACCAGGAAGAAACUCCACUACACGGUCAACAACAACCUGUCGCAACCACUAAAAAGGUUGUUCGUGUGGUUAGAAGAACAGUGGUCAUGUCCAAAGAAGGUCUACCACCAACUGAACAAUCUUCGCCAUCCAGUCCUACCUUGAACACAAGUGGUUCGAUCAUUGUGACCUCUCCUUCACUACAACCACAACAACAAACACCAAAAUCUACUUCCACCCCAGAGACUUCACAUUCCUCUUCAACUGUUGUUGAACAUUCUCCUUCAGAUGCAGUCACAACUUCCACAAGUGACGACACCUCCAAUAAUGACUAUUAUGAAGACAAUGAACCAAACUUGGAAAUUUUAGGACCUACCAAAUCUAAAAGUCGUUUCCCUGUCUUCUCUUCACAUUCGGGUGAUGUCAGCACCGAUAAAAAGAAACGUGCUUCUGUACGUUUGAGAACCACUUCAAUCGCUACUCUAUCGACACCAGUUCACCACUCGACAAAACAGCUCGAAACAGCGAAUGAUUACACCAGCGACUUUACUGCAUUUGCCAAUCCACUGUUUGAUAGCAAUGGAAGUGACAACUUGUCAUUUUCUUCGUCCUUAUUAAGCAGUUCUUCCACUACUGUUCGAACUUCAGUACGAGGAUCCACUCUCAUCAAUGUCAAACCAAAAACCACAAAUUCCUCAUCAUCCUCUCUCACAAGUAGUGGCAACAGUGGAAAUUUAUCAACAGCUGAUCGAGCAGAGAAAGCAAAAACAAAACAGGAUUUCUCGUGA